AAGGAAAUUUCUUGACGUAAAACUUUUUUUAUUUUAGGAAUCAUUUAUUUUUUUUUUGAUGAUUUAAUAAUCACAUUCAAUGGAAGAACGAACAAACAAUAUGUUGCAGCAAAUGUUGAAUAUUGUUUGCCUUACCCACUAUUAUUAAAAAAGUGUGAAAAAAACUAAUUUUAACAAAGUGUGAACAUACCUAUGAAAAAUAGCACAAAUCACAAUAAGUACAAUAAAAAUGACAUUCUUUACUUCAUUCAUAAAUUCGCCUAUUACUUGUCAAAAGUUAACAUUUCGCAUUGAAAAAUGAAAUAGUAAACACUGAGAAUUUUGUUGGAACUUAGCAUUUUAAAUACUGAAAAAGUAAAACUAAAAUUACAAUAUGAGGAAAUUGGAUAAUCCUUCAGCAAGCAGAAAUUGUCAACCAAUUUUAAAUGUUUUAAAAAAUGUUUUGAGUAAAGAGAAACCAUUACGUCUAUUAGAAAUAUCAUCUGGUACAGGUCAACAUUCAGCUUAUUUUUCAAAUGAAUUUCCAAAUAUAACAUUUCAGCCAUCUGAAUACGAUACAACAGAUUUUGAAAGUAUUACAGCAUAUGCAAAAGACUGUAAAAAUCAAAAUGUUCUUAAACCAAUUUUCAUAGAUAUUUCAAGAGAUUAUAAAACAUGGGAAAAUAAAUUUGAUGAAGAAAGUUUUGACUAUAUGCUUAACAUUAAUAUGAUACAUAUAACACCAUGGCGUUGCACCGAAGGUUUAUUUAAAAAUGCAUCACAUUUAUUAAAAAAAAAUGGUUUACUAAUAACUUAUGGACCAUAUGCUGUUAAUGGUAUUUUAACACCAGAAAGUAAUGUUAAUUUUAAUUUAUCAUUAAAGAGUCGUGAUCCAGAAUGGGGUGUACGCGAUAUACGUGAUUUAAAAGAAUUAGGAAAUAAAUAUGGUAUUGUAUUUAAGGAUAGUACAGAUAUGCCAGCAAAUAAUAAAACUUUAAUUUGGCAAAAAAUUUAAAGAUGCUUAAAUUAUUCAGAUGUGAGGAUUUUUCUAUACGAUUAAGGACAUUAUUUGACAUUUUCGGGCUACAUAAUUUUUAUAUUACUUACAAGAUAUUUGUUUCAACUUUUGAUUUUUGUUUAUAAGUUAUAGAAGCCAAAAUUUAUUAAUUUUUAUUUUUGUUUUUCAAUAGUCUUCAACAACUUACUGUUACCUAUAAAUUUAGUUACAACUAAUAUCCUUUUCAUUAUAUUUUUUAUAUAAAUUUACGACUUAAUAUUUUAAAACACACAAUGGACAUAAAGUAAUCUUUAAAAUU